AAGCACCAGAAACCUGCCUCUUUCUCCCCCUCCCACCCCCGCACCGAGCAGUAGCUCGCUCAGCCUAUCUUGAAAUGGCACCGAAGGAAAGACGGGGGCAACGCUCGCCUCGCCAUUACUAAUCCCAGUCAUGACAUGCAACCACGUCACCCCACUUUUCUGAGUUGUUUCGGUAUCGGCGCGCACCAGGCAGCAAAUCUCGCCCGCCGGCCGCGGCUCCUUGCUCCUGUUUACUUGGCGUCCACGCGUCACAUGAAUAUUUCCUGCCCCGGGUUGUAGGAGAAGCUCUUGCAGAGCAUAACCUGAGCUGGCCGGCCCGGCGGACACUUGCCCGGCCUCUCGCAGCUGAUGCCGCUGGGGUCUUUCUCUUUUUCUCUCUCCUUUGGAAACAAAAGCAGGGCUGGUCGCCGUGGCGAGCCUCCCAACGGCCUCUCCGUUUAAAAAGCGCCGCGCUAAAGAGACCAGCAUCCCGCCCUUCUGGGUUUUUGUCGCGUUUGCUGGCGAGGCCGAAGGUAAGAGUUUGGCUGAGUGCACACGACUCUUCGCCCCGGGGCUGCCCACCGAUUAUUUCCUAGACAGCAGCCAGACUCUGUGUGCAAAGGAAAGGAGGAGAAAGGCGUGCACCUUGGAAGCAGCCGAUAAGCCAUCCUCGAAAUCCCCGGCCAGGUGGCGGCUGGGUGAGGCGCUUUCCCGGCGGGUGCCAUUGCCCCUCGUGUGCAAUGGGGAAGUCAGGACAAUAGGAAGGAGGCAGAGAAAAGCGGACGCCCCUCGCCCACCCCAGCAACAAACGGAUCGCCUUUCCGAGGGAUGCUCCGUAAGUGAAGAUUCGGAGCGGCGGAUUUCGACGGACCUCUCGCCGGGCCCUGGUUCUCCUGCAGAGGUGCAGGUCCCUGCGGGCGGCGGUCAGAUGGGCUGGGGCAGCCGCCGGGAGCUCUGGUAAGGGCCCGGCGCUCCUUGCUUUCCUCCUCACGCCGUGGUCUCUGCCCCCAAAUGACCCUGCGCUCGGCCGAAUCCUCGGAUGGCACCGACAGGGCUGGGCCCCAGUGGGAAGCUGGAGGAGCUUCGGCGGAACCUGCUGAAGGGGAGCGUCUGGACUCUGCCAUGAGGGAGUUGAGAUGCGCGGGAUGGUAUUGGGGAAGCAUGAAUGUUGCAGAAGCAAAGGAAAGAUUACAAGAUACAUCUGAAGGGACUUUCUUGGUCAGAGACAGCUCUCACUCAGAGUAUUUACUUACCAUUUCAGUUAAAACCUCUGUAGGUCCUACCAACUUACGAAUAGAAUUUCAAGGUGGUAAAUUCCGUCUGGAUUCUGUUAUCUGCAUCCGAUCAAGGCUCCAGCAAUUUGACAGUGUGGUUCAUCUAAUUGAAUAUUAUGUCCUUAUGUGCAAGGACAGAAGAAUGGUCUCUGAAAUACCUUCCAAUGGAACAGUCCAUCUUUAUUUGAAUAAACCUCUCUAUCAUUCAACACUGUCUCUACAGCAUCAGUGUAGAGUAGCAAUAAACAGAUACACAAGUAAAAUCCAGGAACUUCCAUUACCAACAAGAUUGAAGGAAUUCUUAAAGGAAUAUCGAUAUCGGGUAUAAGCAUAUACUCAGCCUCAUUUUAAGAAAACAGGUCCUGAAUACAAUUUGUGAGAAAUCAAAAUCUUCAGCUGUGUGAAUGUAUUGUGUGGGUCACUGUGAAAAUGGUAUGUUAUUGUGUAUGUUUGUAGAUUUUAGUAGAGGACUUGGAUUUAGCUUUCCACUGUUAAAACUUUGGUGCUCAGUAAGCUCCCUGAUGCUAUUAGAAUUACAAGCUGAAGGGAAAUGUGUUUCAGUGGGAACAAGUGCCUACAAGAGAAUGGUUCACUGCUCUUUGAUACCUAUGCACUCACUUUGUUCUUAAAAUAAAUGAGGCAGUUCUAUAAGGUUCUCUUACAGAAAGCCAUCUUAUAAAAUAUUACUACAUCCCAAUCCAAAUGAUGCGGCUGCCCUUCAAAAUAACUUCUGAAUAAUGUGGACCAGUCAGUGAUACCAUGGGUACCUUAAAAUAAUCUAUGGUCCUCCUUCUGAGAGCAUAUUGCAUUCAUUAGUAUUUUGAAAGAUUAAGAAAUAUUUGCCAAUUCCCAGUGACCAUUUACAGUUGAAUGCUCCCCUCAUAUCAGAAGGGCUAAGGGGAGGAUAGGCAUCUGGAUUUCAGCAGCAAAUGACUAACAACUCUGCAAUUAGGUCACUGUAAACUUUUUAUGAAGUUACAAAGGGAACAUACAUUUUCGGCAAUAAAUUUCCAGCUAGCAUAAAAGACUGGCUGGUGAGAUUCACUGUCUAAGAUUAGAUCAGUCUAAUGCUCCUGAUUAUGUAUUUUGCACAUUCUUAAUUAUAAUUUACAUAUUAAUAAAUAGCAAGCUUUUAUUUCCUAAUAUUAUAGCACUCGAGUGUUUUCUUAUUAAAAACUUAUCUAGCAGUUCUUCCUGAUUAUGAAUACAUGAAACUUUUUUUAGGAGGAGGGGUGCCUUCAAGUCCAUGUGACUCUUUGCAACUACCUAGUCAAGUCCUGAAGUUUUCUUGGCAAAGUUUUUGGGAAAUGGUUUGCCAUUGCCUUCUUUUUAAGGCUGAGAGAAAAAGAGAGAGAGACUGACCGAAGAUCACCAGUUGGCUUCUUGCCUAAGAUGGAACUAGAACUGAUUUCUAGCCUGAUACCUUAACCACUACAUCAUCUGGUGCUCUUAGAAAAGCUAUAGAGCAAAUUUAUCCAUUUUUAUUCAGAAUGUAAGUUUAGCAUUAUAGCAAAGUUCUAUUUGAACAGUCAAAAUGGGAUUAAAUUUCUAGGUAAAAUAUAAGGCAUUCAAACACACAUGAAAUCUGAACUCUCUGGGGAGCUACAACAGUCUCAUUCAUACACUUAGCUCCCAAAGCUACACAAGCCCCACCCAAGCCUUCAGUAUAGACUCUACAAAGCCUCCCGAAAUGGUAACCAUGGGAAUAACCAUGUAAGGCCAGAAAAAUGGAGGGGGGGGGUGAGAUGGGUGGAAUCAAUCAUUCCUAAUUUAAGGCAAGGUAAUCUUAUUCCAAAGUAGGACUGGAAAAGCAAAGGUAAUAUUAUUCCUCUUCUAGGGACUCAGUGAAUAUAGUACAUUGGGGAAAUGUACCACUAUUUGUGUUAGCACAGACUUUUUCUAGAUCCGUAACACCAGUAACAGGCCUACCUUGAAUGAAGUUUUAUAAAUACUUAGACUGCAGUCUUGCAGUUGUUUCCAUCCAAAACAAUAGCAAAUAUGACUAACUUCUACAAUGUAGAAUUUUAUUAGUGUUCUUAUUUCCUUGAAAUGAAAGUAAUUUUGCCUUUUAAAAAAACUAUUCAAGCCUGUAACUGUCUGAUUUCAGACUGUACUCAGUAAAUCAAAUUGUAGUGCCCUUAUGCUCAUAAUGAGUUUCUGUGUUCAAAUGGAGUUUUCAGAAUUAUACAAGCAAUAUUUGUCUAUGCCAUUUCCAGAAGAGAAAAAUUAUGGCACCAAAUGUAUUCAUACUGACAUUUUAGCAGUUAAGUUUGAUAAAUUUAGUGAUAGCUAAUAAGUAGCUCUAAAAUUCUUCUAGGACAUAUUGCUUCAACACUUUUUUAAUACUGUUCAAACUAAUAGCCUCAACUACAUUUUAUGCUUAAUCCCAUAUAAUUACGCAUCGUGCAAAAAAGGACUUCAUUUAUUCUGUCCUGAAGGACUUGAAUUUUAAUAAUAUGGCUAAGGAAGAAAAAUAUCCACUUUCUUUACUUUUUAAAUACUACUACAUAAGUUCUCAACAGUUGGUGGAUGCAAUCAUAGAAACUUUUUGAAGUUUACUUUUAAAGUUGGUCUUUAUUCUGUUUAUUCAAAUAAGGGGGGGAAAUCCAUCUGGGGAUGCAAAGAGCCAGGUGCACAUUAGGAGCUAAAUUUAGGCAGAGAUACACUGAUAUUCAUGUCUAGAAACUGAGGCCAUGCUCACAUGAUUACUUGCAAAACUAUCUUGUGUACAUUUGUUGCUGGGGGAACAAGAAGAAAUGGAGGUAUACAACAUUAUUGAUGAAAUGUUUCUUUUACAUCCACUUUAUUCUCAUUGCUGUUUUGUAUAUUCAGAAUAAAUAUGCUAAAAUUAUUCCACAUGUUGCUGCACAUUAUAUUUUCCUUGUAAGUGGCUGAGGUUGGAGGAUUAAGAUGUCAUUACAAUGAAUGGGACCAAUUUUUCACCACUUUUUCUCACAAAGACUUAAAGAAUCCAAAUAAAAUAAAUUAGUCCAUUUUGAGAGUGAGAGAGAGGCAGAAGUUGAGAGAUAAAAUAAGCCUCUAUAGCACAUGUCAUCUCUGGACCACCCAUCAAACAUUUUGAUUUGGUUCAGUGAACUGCAGUGGAAUUCUGGGAACAGCAAAUGGGAUGCUGGCAUAUUGCAAGUGGCCUCAGAUUGUCCAUUGAUAUAGCAAUGUAUAUUUCAUUAUUGCAAAGUCUCCUGUUCCUAAUCUUUUGAACUGCAUGUUGAAUUAGAAGUAGAAGAAUAUAUCACCUCAUAUUCUUCCUUGAUUUCUACAAUGCUAGGAUGAAAUAUUUUCUAGUCUUAUUUUUGUAGUAGUGACUCAAAGGUACUGUAAUAACUCCAGCACAUGGGGCUGACUAUCAUGCCAUGCUAAUCAAGUGAUUGCUUUUGGUGUACUAUAAUGUGUAGCCCUGCUCAAUAUGUAGAUUAGACUGUUAUGUCUGAUUAAAUAGUGUUUUAAAAUAUUUGUAUUUGUAUGAAUUAAGAUUAUUUCCAUAUUAGCUUGGUGUCGUACUAGCUUAUGUUGAAAACUAAUUUUAUUUUGCUACCAUUGAGAGAGUCUGUUGAAAGGUGUUGGAUAAGUUAGAUGUCUUUCUAAGGAGACAAUGGGCUUCAUUUUAUUGUCACCUUUGGCCUGAAAUUAUGAAUGGAAGUCAAUUGCAAUUUAAACUUAGCUCUAAGAGAAUAUGUAGUGUGCAUAGUUUUUGCAAAUUACGCACCAACAAAUUCAGCUUAUGUUAUAAUCUAAAAAAUACAGGAACUCAGAAAACAUGCUUAAUACUGUAAUUCUUUCAUCAAAUCAGAAGCAUCUGAAACAUUAAAGAUGAUCACCAUUCAAUAUUUGGUAUUCCCAAUAGUUAAACUAUCUUUUGAUAAUAGAUUAGUUACAGUAGAACUUUUCCUCCAACUUGAGGGAACAACUCUAAACAUGUACAGAUGAAGCAAAUAUAAUUCAGUGUCAUAAAAUAUAUUCCCAUACAAUGUAUAUAAAAUCAAUCUAUAAAUGCCUUCAUGUAUUACACUAAAAUAUGAUUUUGUUUAAUUAUGGUUAUUAUGAUUAAAAAAAUAUAAUUUA